AUUCCGUCUCGCCGCCUGAACCUGAACUGAGAUCCGAUGGGACCCACUGCCAGCACCUUAGAAUCCACGUGCGCUCUUAAAUACACAGUUCUUUUCCAAUCCCACUCCCAGCUGCGUGCACGCAAACAAGCACUUCAACUUGUCCAUCAGUUACUGUAAAUUCCCGCUUUUAAGUCCAAACUCAGUCCUCGCCCGCCGUACCCUCUACGUUCCAGUAUCGGCAUCGCCACCGCUGCUUUCCAAAGCAAUGAAAUCCACCGCCAUAACCACCGCCGCGGUGGAUGUCGUUAAAACUCCCAACUUCGUCAAAAUUUUAGCGCUUGCGCUUCUAUCUUUCUCUCUAGUCGCCUUUUUUUAUUACCUCACUCCCAUUCCAUUCGCCACGUCCACUCUCUCCUCCCCCGCAAUAGGAGGCGUCACCAACAGCGCCAUUACCUCAUCAUACGCGCUCCCACCUCAUCCUAAACCAAAUCGGGUUCAUCCACCGUCGUGGGUGACGGUGGCUCCGAGGAUUGGUAUAGUGGAUGAGAGCGGGGCAAUGACGGUGGAUUUUGAAAUUGGGGACUUCGAUUCGAGUGAAUUAGAGACGCUGAGGAAUUUGAGCGACUGGAGAGAAGAGGAGAAGGAAGAACAGGAUAAUGGCACUGAAAUUAGAGUUGGCUAUAACAAGUACAAGGUUUGCGAAGAUACUAUGAUCGACUAUAUACCUUGUUUGGAAAAUGUAGACGAACUCAGAAGGCUGAAUCUGAGUAAUAGUGUAGAAAAGUUCGAAAGGCAUUGUCCUGAAGAAGGCAAGGGACUGGAUUGUUUGGUGCCCAUGCCUAAAGAGUACCAGAAACGCAUUCCCUGGCCCAAGAGCAGAGAUGAGGUGUGGUUCAGUAAUGUUAACCAUGCAACUCUUGUUAAGGACAAGAGUGGCAAGAAUUGGAUAUCAAGAAAAGGGGAUAAGUUAACUUUUGCAGGAGGGGGACCACAAUUUGUUGAUGGGAUAGAAGAGUACUUAAACCAAAUUUCACAGAUGGUUCCCGAUAUUGCAUUUGGGCAAAGCACCCGUGUUGCCUUAGAUAUUGGUUGUAGAGUAGCGAGUUUUGGUGCCUAUUUGUUACAGCGUAAUGUGACCACUCUAUCAAUAGCACCAAAAGAUGCCACUGAGAACCAGAUUCAAUUUGCACUUGAGCGUGGAGUUCCUGCGAUGGUAGCAAUAUUUGGUACACGCCGUUUAUUGUAUCCAAGCCAAGCUUUUGACUUGAUACAUUGUUCGAGAUGUGGAGUUGAUUGGAUCCGUGAUGAUGGAAUUUUGCUUCUGGAGGCAAACAGAAUGCUAAGAGGAGGAGGAUACUUUGUGUGGGCUGCACAACCUGUAUAUAAACAAGAAGACAAUCUGCAACAACAAUGGAUAGAACUGCAGAAUCUCACCAGUCAUAUUUGUUGGGAACUUGUAAAGAAGGAAGGCUUUAUUGCCAUAUGGCGGAAGCCCUUAAACAAUAGUUGCUAUGUUACUCGUGAAGCUGGAACACAACCUCCACUGUGUGACUCUAGUGAUGAUCCUGACAACGUUUGGUAUAUUAACUUGAAGGCAUGCAUACCUCCACUGCCUGAGAAUGGUUAUGGAGUGAACGUUACCACAUGGCCUAUACGCCUUCAUAAUUCACCAGAGAGACUACAGAGCAUAAAAAUGGAUGCCUCAAUAUCCAGAAAGGAACUCUUCAAGGCAGAAUCAAAAUAUUGGAAUGAGAUCAUAAAGGGUUAUAUUAAUGGUUACCAUUGGAAACAGAUGAAUUUCCGAAAUGUGAUGGAUAUGAGGGCUGGAUUUGGAGGAUUUGCAGCGGCAUUACAUGAUCUGCAGAUUGAUUGCUGGGUUAUGAACGUUGUACCUGUUAGCGGAUUUAACACUUUGCCUGUUAUUUAUGAUCGUGGACUUAUAGGAGUAAUGCAUGACUGGUGCGAGCCAUUUGAUACUUACCCCAGAACAUAUGACCUGAUACAUGCAGCAGGUUUGUUCUCCGCGGAGCAGAAAAGGCAAAAAUGCAAUAUCUCAACUAUAAUGCUUGAAAUGGAUCGGAUGCUAAGACCUGGUGGAAUUGCUUACGUACGUGAUACAGUAUUGAUCAUGGGUGAAAUUGAAGCAAUAGCAAGGGCCAUGGGCUGGGUGCCUUCUCUUCAUGAUACAGGUGAAGGUCCCCAUGCGAGCUGGAAGGUUUUGAUAUGUGAUAAACGUAUGCCAUGAUCAUAUCCUCUUUCCCUCUAAGAGAAGAUGGGACUUCUCACUGAUGGAUUCUGCAAUUUUAUCUUUGAGUUUUAUUAGUGUUAUUAUUUCCUUGUAGCCAAAAGUUCUUGAUUUCUUCAAUAUAAUCAUCACUGUAAAUUAAUCAUUUUCUCUUGUAUUCCUAGUCAUAAUUGAAAUCCACAAUAAUUUAAUAGGGAAAAGGGUAUUAUUUUAUUUUUCCCCA